UAGAGUAUGUAAUACAUGUCUACAGGUGUUAGCGUUUAUCAUCUGGACCGAUCCCCACACAAUCACACAGUCCGAUCUCCAUGGGCUCUAAAGAAAGUCAACCGUCAACACGAGGCAUCACAAUUCCAGGACAGGCUAGUGAGUGAGGCAAAGAUACUGCAGGAGUUGAAACAUCCCAAUAUUGUUGGCUUCAGAGGAUUUUCCAAAACUGACGAUGGCAGACAGGUUUUGGCGAUGGAGGUAUGCAAUGAAUCGCUUGGCAAUCUAAUCGAGGAGUCUGCAGAAAAUGGAGAAACUCGGUUUCAACCUGAUAAAAUUCUUACUGUAAUUGCAGGAAUAGCAAAAGGGUUACAAUACCUACAUGAAGAAAAGGAAUUACUGCAUGGAGACAUCAAGUCCCAUAAUGUGCUAAUAAAAGGUAACUUUGAGGAGAUAAAAUUGUGUGACUUUGGAGUGAGUCUGCCAUUACGUACGGCCAGUGUGGAGGACUACGUUGGAACUGGUGCUUGGUCGGCCCCGGAGACACUGGAUGAGGGACCGCUCACUGACCGGGCUGAUAUAUUUUCUCUGGGUCUCGUGAUCUGGGAGAUGCUCACCUUGCGCACUCCCAAUGUAGAUGUGAGCGAGUCUGUGUCUUUCUCUGACUCCUUUGACUCCAUCAACAUUGGUCAGCAUUAUGGAGAGACCCCAGAGCUCCCCGGAGACUUAACCUCAGAUUACAACUUGGUGGUGGAUAUAUACCAGUGGUGUACACAACAACUAUACACACGGCGGCCUACAGCCAGAGAUAUACUGGACAAGCUGAGAGAGGCUGGCAUCCCCCUCAAUAUGAGCCCCCCACAAGUCACUCUGUAACUCAUUUUCAGUUCAAUUGUGUUCUUGCUUCAACUGUCGUUUUUGUGAUAUUCUCAUAUUUUAUAAUGUUGUUUCUACUAUUUUUAUUAAAACCUACUUAAUUGUG